AUGGCUCAAGAUGCGUAUCGAAAGACAGACUUCAGUUUAUCAUUAGACGGCCGCAUUCGUGCCUAUCUGGCCAGUGUCGCAUCGGACGCCGAUUACUCUGGAUUUGACACACAAAUGAUAGCCGCGGUUACCUACGUCGGCGCCCAAGUUCACUCAAGAACUACGACAUUCCACUUCAAAGUCGCUGACCACAUGUGCAACAAGGAUCGUGUCUUGCACGGUGGAGCUGCAUCAACCCUCUUUGACAACCUCAGCUCAACAUCACUAUUUACCAUUGGGAAGCCUGGGUAUUGGGAGAGUCUCGGGGUGAGCCGCUCAUUAGGAGUGUGGUUCCAUCGCCCUCUGCCUGCAGGUGUAAGAGUGAAAAUCACCUGUACAGUCAUUGAGGCGGGGAAGAGGAUGGCUACAGUUCGCGCCGUGAUGGAGACUAUGGAGGGCAUUGUCUGUGCUAGCUGUGUGCAUGAAAAAUAUCUUCCGUCCAUAGCAAGGCUUUGA